AUGAUAGUAUUUAUUAGCAUAGCACUAUCAGCUGCACUGAUGGGUUACGUCUUUUGUUUCGCAGUCAGCAAAUUUACUGUGAAUAAAAGGAUUCAGCAAACAAGUGUGUUUAGAGAGACACCUUCAACACCCACGAGUGAGUAUUUAGCAUCAUGGAAGCAUUCGCAUGAGUCUCCGGAUACUUAUUUUGAUCACACUAAAGUUACCAUUGGCAGCAGGUCAAAUGUGGCUUUACAAACGAUUUUCGACUUGCUACUGAAGGAAUACAUCGACUUUUGGUAUAAGCCCUUGACUUCAAAUCCAGACUUCAUGAUCCAGCUGAAAAUGUUUGUGCAAUAUGCUUGUGCUAUUAUUGUGCAGAGAGUGAAAAACGUUGAAUUUUCGGAGUUUCUCAUUCAUCGGUUUAUACCACACUUCUUUGACCAUGUUGUAAAUAUCUUAUCCCUUGCUAGUUCAGAUAAACUUAAUUCUACUCUUGUUGGUGAAAAGCAUAAUAGUGUCCAGGCAAUGAAACAGAAGCAUUUUCAAAAAAGAUCUUUGAAAUCUUGUUCUGAAGAAGUUAUUUUAUGUGCUUUCGGUGAUCGAUUACAUCCAGCCUUGUAUUCUAGACAAGCUGAAGUAAUGUAUUUACGCGCGGUGGUGAGUCGUCUGCUACCAUUUUUGGGUCUGCCGCCUAGUCUUACUUGUCCAGACAUACAUAAGUCAGGAGAACCUUCUGUUGAUCAUGUUCCUCGCGCUCGACGUAAUCGAAUGAUGCAUAUGUCACCUGGACGUUUACAGUCCAGUGCAGCCAUGCCAAAUAAGCCGUCUGUUCCUCGGAGUGCUUCCAGUGGUGCUUUGGGUUUUCAGAAGUUGAUGAAACUAGGAUGUAAUCCAUCAGCAUAUAGUUUGCUGAUAGAAAUCCUAUCCACUUGUGUUCUGCUACCGGCUAUGGAUAUUCUAGCUAAUUCUGAUUUUCUCAAUCAAUUAAUUCUACUGUGUUUUACGGAUAAUACAAAUGCAGAAACAUUAAGGAGGGAAAGUUCUGAACAUGUUCCUCUUCUUGAAGCAUAUAUUCAUGAUUGGCAAAAAUGGUUAUCUAAAAAGCCUCCAUCAUUAAUUCAUUUGGAUACUCUUUUAAGUCAUCAAGAUGAAUUAUAUCCAUUUAUGCAGUAUAUGAAGUCAAUGAAAUCAAUUGGACCGUUGACUCUUGUAUUGCUUAUGCACCAAAUAAAUUCUCGGGUAUCAAAGUCUGUGCUUUCCUCUGAAGCGUGUCACGAGGUUGAAGCACAAAUACGUCAUAUUUUAAUUAUAUUACGUGGUGGCGAUGCUGUUGGAAGUAAUAAUAACAGCAGUUGGAAUUAUUCAAAUUAUAUCCUUCCUAAUGAUAAUGAUGAGGUCAGUGAUAGUGAUGGGUAUGGUGGAUCAACUGACCGUUGUGUGUCUGCAAGUCUUAUGCAUCAAGGAGGUACAGGCAAUAUUAGCCUGUCAUCAUCCUCAUCAUCAUCCAAAAACAACUGUUUAUACUUUUAUAAUGUAUCGAACGAAUUUGCAGAAUUACUGGAAACUAGUGUGAAAUAUUGUUCACCGGAGACAUUAACUCACCUAAUCAAUACAUCACAGUGGAAAAAAACUUAUCAAUCAGUGUGUAAAGCAGUUGAAUUCCGUUUUCUACCAAUGUAUUUAGAAAGUCCAGAGUAUAUAAAGCAUUCAUUCGGUUUUACACUGAGUUUAAUGUCAUCAGCAUCAUUGAGUAAAUUUGGAGUAUCUCCUAAGCGUUCUCUCCGUCGCUUCUCUCAAAAUGUCGGCGGAUCUCAACAACAACAACAACAGACUGGCCUCUUUGGAAGUGCAAUCAUGAAUGUUUUCGGCAGCCAAUCUACUGAUGGUCAAUCAUCUGGAAGCUCUGAUAGUUCACGAAUGUCUGUCGCUUCAACACGUCGUAAUCAAAGAGAUCGUCUUGGCAGUGUUAUCAGUGAACAGUCCAGUCGGUAUAAUGUCAAUAUGAAUAGUACUCCAGAAGAGUUAUUGAUAAAUCAACAUGUCUCAGGCAUAAAACAUCUGCCUGAGAGAUCACAACAAAUCGAUCUUUCUAAGUGUACUGUGCAUAUACGCGGUUUAUCACGACCUGAAGUAUCACAAUCGACUCGUCUCCCAGUGGGGACAAUGACUUUAUUGGGUAGUACUCCAGUUAUGUCCAGUGUUUCUGCUACUACCGCCACUACUAUGAGUGCUACUAUAUCACAUACUAAUCAAAUUAAUCAUUUACCCUCGUCAAUGAGUAAUUCGAUUCCAAUCAAUAAUAACUCUCUGACAAGUAGUAAUUUUAUUCCCAUAUCGACAACAGCUGUACGUGAUGUAGGCUAUAAAAAUAAAAUAUCAAAUGAAUUGAACAAUUUGAUUGGUCCACCUGUAUUGACACAGUCUACCAUUACUAACACUACCAAUUCAAUGCCACAACUAUCGCCACAGUUUAUGUUCAAUGUUAUUACUGAAACUGUUAUCAAUGGUGUACGAAGACAAGUUGCUAGAGUGACACGAAAAUAUUCAGAAUUCUAUGUUCUUGAGCAAAAGUUGACUGAAUUUCAUGGUUCAUUUAUAACAAAACAAUUACCACGGCGUCAAUUAACACCACGUUCAAUGGAGUUUCUUGAAAGUAAAUGUGAAGUCUUUGAAAGCUAUCUACAGUAUUUAGUUGCACAACCAUUUCUACGAAAAAGUAAACUUCUCUAUAGUUUUCUCACCUCCAAUGAACCAUUCAAUACGAAUUUAUUUGAUUUGAAUUUGGGACGUUUUGUUAAAUCUGUACCAUUGAAGUUGACUAAAGAGAAAGGGCAAUUUUUAGACGACUUUCUCACUUCGUAUUACUUGUCAUGUCAUACACAACCAAUUGGAAUUGACCAAACUCCAGGUGAAUCUGAAUUAGCCAAACUUAAAGCUGGAUCAAAUUUCCCUGCCAGUAAUUCACCAAUGAAUAGUACGCUCACCUUCAACUCUUUACUUAAUGAUACUACUAGCGGUAGUGGUAGCAGUAGUAGUGAGUACAAUUCAUUACCAAAUACAACAAUGCCAAAGUCUUUGUCUAGCCAUUUUAAAUCAGAUAAAUAUUCCGCAGAAAAAUUUAUAGAUUAUUAUGGUCGUUAUGUAUUGAAUUCAGUACAGUAUAAGUCACAUGGACGAACUAGCUUAGAUCAUCGUCUACGUUCUCGUGUCUACUGGAAUAAUGCUGGUCUAACCUAUGAGAAACGAAGAGAUAAGACGAAUGAUGCGUCUCAAAUAUCAACUGUACACUUAGAUGGGUUAUCUGAAAUGAUUUUAUACUUAUUUGAUAAAUUGACAAUCGACUCCUCAACAUCAACUACAUCAUCUUCCACUGAUCCACAGUCAUUAUCGUCCCGGCUAAAUGAAACUGAAACCAAAACUGCCACCUCUUCUGAAUCACCAAGUGACUGUGGAAACGCUUCUCAGAUGCUUAAACAAAAGAAAUCAACAGAUCCUUGGGAUGUUACUAAUCCAUGUUGGAGUGAAGCACUUCUUAAUGGUCCAUCAUUACCAAUUAUUGACAGUAAUAAUAAUAACAAUAAUAAUAAUACUUGUGUGACUACUGAAUCUCAGUCGACACAAUCAAUAACCACAACACCAAUAUCUACAACACCUCAAUUAUCAUCGUCUAAUGAAACAACAUCGAACACUAAAUCCAUCAAUACAUCUGAUGAUAUUCAAGCCAGUAGCAAUUCACGAAUUAUGCUACCGACAGUAUCAAUUAGUUUACAUGAUUUGUUCUCAACAUUGCAGGAGUUGUACACAAUUAUUCAACAUGAGUUUAAAAUACGUUUACGUCAGUUAAUUCUGAGAAUAGGCAUUAUCCUUAUCACCUAUUUUAAAACACCAAUUGAUAAUUGGUUAAGUCAACGUUUAUUACAUUACUUUCAUAGUACUUUUUCAGAUGAAAACUUAGCUAGUAUGUUAGAAACCAUUAAAACAAAUAUAUUCCAUUAUUCCGCUAAAAAAGUUGAUAUGGAUAAAUCUGAACGUAAAGAAAAAGCACGUGCUACACUUGAGAAAGCGAUACUUGGUAUAAAAGGUCUUUCAUAUGUCACUGAUCCAGAGAAGAUAUGUGAUGAUGUGAAUUGUCUUUUCGAUUGUUUUCAAUACUCAAAAUGGAAUAAACAAUUAACUUAUGUUCUAUUAGAUCAAUUUAUAUUAGAGUUAUUUCCUGAACUUGCUUUAAACAAUAGUAAUAAUAAUAAUAAUCCCAAUAACAAUGCAGAUGUACGAAAAGAAACUUGUCAGUGA